AUGUCUCCAAACCGUGCCCUCAUUAUUCUGGGAGUUUCAAUUGGAAUAACCUCUGCACUCCACAUAUCAGGAGUAUUUACGAACUGUUGGAUAAACUAUGGCAAAAAUUGUACAGGCAUAGUCCCAUUUGAUUCGUCGGGACCUGCGUGGUUAGUGGCGUCUAGUUGGAUGUUGUCCUCGGUUGGAGUUAUGGUUAUCAUUAUGGCGACGUAUAUUGUUUUAGUAAUGGAAGUCCUCAAACGCGGUUAUCACAUCACAAUUCGCAAAUUGCUUUCAGUAAUUGACAGCUUAUCAUUGCUCAAUGUUCUUCUAAUUUAUAUUUCUAUCAUAGUCAUCCAAUCCAAUCUUGAUACAUACACAAAUGGAAAGGUAAGUACCAAUCGAGUCUAA